AAGUAGAUAUGAAUCGUGAUUACUGUAUGUACAAGGAGAUUUCGAAUUUCGAAUCGCACCUACUCGUACCAGGUACCGCUACGUAAGWACAUUACAAACCGUAGCUCGCAACGUACGACGUGGAUAAAGUACGAAAGUACAAGUACUUCGUACUUGUACCGUUCUCCGGAACGAAGAAAGAACGAAUCAUGAAUCCAUCACCAUCAUUUUGUCAUCCAUCAUCCGUUUGUUCGAGAUACUACUACAAGACUGUUCGUUUGGCAACAGCUGUCGACCCAYCGCAAGAAAACACACAAACAUUGGGUUCGGUGUGCCGCAUUCGAUUUGGUGCCCUGCUUUUGCCMGGAGAAGAGGACGCAACACGGUUGUCUGAAGCGAGUACCCCUCCCUUCCGGUCCGCAGUCGCUCCCAUGGCGCUGUCGUUGUUGCUGCCGCCGUCGCCGRCAGCGGGAGGGCUCUCUGGCCGCCGCGGGGGUUCWUCGGUGAUCAUGCGGGCUCUGGUCMUCGCGUGGCUGUCGCUGGCCGCCGCAAAGGCGGCCACACCGGAGGAGGGAGGAUCCCACUCCGAACUCGAACAGGAGGCGAAGACCGUCCCCCCUUCCUUCGACUCGCCCUUUGGGAGCUACCCCAACCUGCUGAACAUCACCGAGGAGGACCGGGCUUCCUUCUACCCGCUCGUGGUCUUUCCGAGGAGCGUCCGUGGAUCCGUCACCGUCAAGGACCACAGGAGGUCCAGCGGAGAGYUGGCCUCCGGCGAGGAGAUCGCGMUGCGGAGGCUAGAGCGCCUCCGGGCGCAUCAGCGGGCCCUCCCCCUGCGGCUCCUGCACCAGGCGUUCGCGGGGGGCCUCGCCCURGUCYGGAGGGUCUCUUCCGCCGCCCGGGGGUUCCUCCYGGGGACACGGGGGGGSCGGACUUCUUCUUCCUCCGCCUGGGGCAUCGGAAAAUACGACGAAAACCGGGACGGCGGGAUGUACGAGUCGGACCUCUUCGACGACCUCGACCACAGGAUCGACGGCUUUGGGGGCAGGAGGACCGUCCACCUGGGCCUGGACCUCGGCGGGCCGGUCGGAACGCCCGUCCACGCCUUUUCGGACGCGGUCGUCCACUCGGUCGGGUACAACCCCGAGMGGGGGGACUACGGGCACGCCGUCGUCCUGCAGCACUUUUGGGGGGAGGGGACCGGGCCGRACGGGACCGCCACCCCCAAGACGUGCUGGGCCCUGUACGGGCACCUCGACCGGUCGGUCCUCGGGGGCGGCCGGCGGCGGUGGCCGUGGAAGAGCCGCCAGCGGAAGCGCCUCUCGCCGGGCGACCCCGUGGCCCGGGGCCAGGUCCUCGGAAGGAUGGGGGACAUCGACGAGAACGGGGGCUGGAUCCACGCCCACCUGCACUUCCAGCUGUCGGACCRGCCCCCCGAAACGGACCACGACAUGCCGGGGGCCUCGUCUGUUCCCGACCGGGGCGAGGCCCUCCUGCGGUACCCCGAUCCCCGGUACGUCGUCGGGCCGAUCUACGGCGGGAGCGAGGCUUCCGAAGCGCCCCCGCCAUCCUAGCCACGCCGGUGGACUCCGAGCGGAAGACCGGCUGCCGGCCGGGCAUGGGCCCGAGACGGAUCGUGGYUCCGACAAAAAGGCGCAUCGACGAAUGCACGAUCGCGUUUUGGGCGCUGGGGUGGUUUGCAAUGUAUUGAAUUGCGUUGCCUUGCCUUGCCUUGCGUUGCGUUGCGUUGCGUUGCAUUGUGGCACCACUUCAUUCGCCCGAUAGAUUCAGGAAUGCAAUGCACGGGGGCUCUGUAUUGAUUUGAAUAAUUUUGACUCUAUGUU